AUGGCUACUGAAUUGACUGUCCAGUCUGAGAAGGCUUAUCUUAAGCAACCUCAUAUCUUCAACAACCCAAAAGCUAAGGUGACCAAGAGAGCCAAGAGAUGGUAUAAAGACAUUGGUUUGGGAUUCAAAACACCAAAGGAAGCCAUUGAAGGUACCUACAUUGACAAGAAGUGUCCAUUUACUGGUCUGAUUUCAAUCAGAGGUAGAAUCUUGACUGGUGCAGUUGUGUCAACCAAAAUGCACAGAACCAUCAUUGUUAGAAGAGAUUACUUGCACUACAUUCCAAAGUACAACAGAUACGAGAAGAGACAUAAGAACUUUUCUGCUCACAUUUCUCCUUGCUUCAGAGUUAAGGAGGGUGACAGCGUUACUGUUGGCCAGUGCAGACCUCUUUCUAAAACUGUCAGAUUCAACGUCAUCAAGGUCAAUACUACCAACGGUGCUAAGAAGUCCAAGUCUUUUGACAAGUUCUAA